AUACUGGGAUAUUGGUCCUUUAGCUCGAUGGCUGCACAGAUUGAGUAUUCGUUGGACUAAUAGUGGAUUAGUGAAAUAUCUACGUCAACAUAAACAAGACUCGGCAAUUACUCGGAUUGCAGCUAAAGCUUUACUUAGCGGCCCAUCACCUCCACGUUAUGUGCCUGUAUUUGCUCGUUUAGUACCCAAACAACAAUCAACUUUGAAUCUUCGUCAAUUUGCACGUCUACCAAUGCUAAUUUACAUUGUUUUUGCUUUCUUCUUUUUUAUAAUGUUUAUUUACAAAUAUUUCCUUUGAAGAAAUAUCUGGGGAAUUUUUUGUUUGAUUUUAUGUUAUUUAUUAAAUUCCAAAAAUCAUUUCAUUUUUUACUAUAUUAAUUUAUUAUGUUGAUGAAAACAUUAAAAAUUAAUAAAUUUAAAUAUCUUGUGUUUUUAUAGCUAGUCAGAUUACGAAAAAUCUGUCAAUACUUUGAUUGAAUUACCUAACUUGACCCAAACUAGACGAGUCAAUAACUAGGUUGCCCAAGCCCGAAGCAAAAAAAUCUAAACUGACCUAAAUGGGCACUUUAUUAAUAGUCGAAAAGAUCCAUUACGAUCGUUUUGUAAUUUUACCCAGAAAUGAGGUUACCGAUUUUUAAGUUCUUAUAGUGCAUUUUAUUCGAUUUUUGUCUUAAGAAUUUUUUUUGUUCUGCAUUUGUUCUUUACCUCUUAUUUUUUUAAAUAUUUAGGAAAUGUUAAAAUCAGCAGCUUCUCGUCUAGUAUUGCUAGGAUCUCCAGUAGCUGUUGAAAGCAGUGGACGUCGUGGAAAGUCAACAACUUCAUUGCCUGUCUCAGUUGCUUCAUUUCAAUUACGUGCAGUUUGCCCUCACAAACAACAAAAUUUAAAUAAUUUAUUUUCUUCAAUUAAUUAUUGUUCUAUACCGAUAUCUGGACAAAAUAAACAGAAUUUAUUGAAGGAAGAAAGUUUACAAAACAAAAAUGAAGAGCAGCAACAAUGGAUGGUUAAUGUUACAAAAUGUGGAAUACCUAAAGAAUUUCAGGGUUCACAAUCUGAAGCACUACAACAACAAAAGCAAUGUGAACGCGAUGUUUAUGGAGAUGAUGCUUGUUUUAUUGCUAGCCAUGAAGAUACUUAUGUUGCAGGUAUUGCCGAUGGUGUUGGGGGUUGGCGAAGGCACGGUGUUGAUCCUUCCCAGUUUGCUGCUCAAUUAAUGUCAAAUUGUGCUGGAAUUGUAAAAUCUGGGGAUUUUGAGUGUACACGUCCAGAUUUAAUAAUUGAAUGCGCUUAUAAUAAAUUAAAAAUGUUAAAUAAUCAGAGGCCGAUUGGUUCUUCAACUGCUUGUGUUUUAACAAUUACUAAAAAAAGAUUGUACUCUGCUAACCUUGGCGAUUCUGGUUAUUUAAUUUGUCGUGGUGGAAAAGUAAUUUUUCGUUCACCAGAACAAACACACUACUUCAAUGCUCCAUAUCAACUUACAAUACUUCCAGAACAAAUGCUCAACGAAAAGAAAUCAUUUUUAUUAGACAAACCAGAAUGUUCAGAAUUGAGAGAACAUGAAUUGCAAUCUGGAGAUCUCAUCUUAAUGGCGACUGAUGGUUUAUGGGAUAAUUGCCAUAUUGGAACUAUCGCUAGACUUUUAUAUGGAGAUGAAGAUGAAAAUAAUAUUAAUGAGAAAGAAGAAACCCAACAACCAAAAAUGUCACAAGCUUCACUUCAAGCUCGUUGUAAUUCUUUAGCAUUAAUUGCCAGACAUUUAUCGGCUGAUGAAAAUUAUAUUUCGCCUUUUACACAAAGAGCAUUAAAACAUGGAAUUAAAGCUCCUGGAGGUAAACCGGAUGAUGUGACGAUUAUUUUAUUUCAAGUUUCUUGA